AUGGAGUCGGAGGCGGGAUAUUAUGACAAAGGAGAUAAAUUAAAAGAAGAAAGGAAGAAGGACACAGAGAGUAAAGAUCUUGAAGAUGACGGGAAUGGACUCUCGGAAGACUGUACCAGAAAAAUCGCUUCGAGGAAGGCAACGGAAACAAAAGAUGUGUUGACUUCUCAUUUACGCGAUAUUGGCACAAUAAACAGCGAUGGAUAUGUUGUGGUAAAUAAAGAUGACCUUGCUGGGAUUUCCGAGGAAGAGCAAAUGAACGGCAGAACAAAACAUGGGACGCUUGUGAUGAAAUCUUUAGUGCGAAAUGGCUACCUCUCCUAUAGAGACGAUGAGAUAGUAAUGAACCCGCGAUGGAUACCGCCGGGUGGAUUUCUACCACAUAUAACUGAGCAGCUACAACAUGUGGCAAAAGCUGAAGUGAUAGUCUACCGUAUGGAGGAGACAGGCGCCUUGACCGUUUUAACAAGAGAGGUUUCCAACAUGUAG